CUCUGCAGUGCUCAGUGUACAGAGCUCAGGGAGCAACAGUUGUGUGCGGGGAGAUCGGUGUGUACGUGUCCUGUCCGUGUAUGGGGGAGAGACACCACUGAGCGAUCAGGGGUCCUGUCUAAGAUGGCUGCUAUUAAGGCGCUCCAGCAGUGGUGCAAGCAACAGUGUGAUGGAUAUCGAGAUGUCACUAUCACAAACAUGACCACAUCUUUCCGGGAUGGACUGGCUUUUUGUGCCAUAUUACAUAAACACCGACCAGAUCUUAUAGAUUUCAACUUGCUUAGUAAGGAGAAUGUAUAUGAAAAUAAUAAUUUGGCCUUCCGUGUUGCCGAGGAAAAACUUGGAAUUCCGGCCCUGCUUGAUGCAGAGGACAUGGUCGUACUACGUGUGCCGGAUCGGCUGAGCAUCUUGACUUAUGUGUCACAGUAUUACAACUACUUCCACGGGCGCUCUCCUAUUGGAGGCAUGGGGGCUGUGAAACGUCCUCCACCAGAAACCACUGAAGAGCCAGCAGGAAAGAAGAUAACUAACCAUGUUCCCACCAGCCCUCAACCCAUACAGACAGCCCUGCGAAGCUCCACGCCGGUCAUUGAAAACCCUCCAGUCAGAGCUGGGUUAGCUCAAAUAAACGAGAACAGCGCAGUGAGCAACAACUGCUCCAUCUGUGGUAAACAUGUACACUUGGUCCAGAGACACAUGGCAGAUGGAAAACUGUACCAUAGAAACUGCUUCAGAUGUAAACAGUGUUCACGGACUCUUCAGCCUGGAAAUUAUAAAGUCGGAGACUACCCUGGAACACUCGUCUGCACACACCAUCAUUCCGGCACACACGCGAAUACAGCAACAGUCAAUGCACCCCCAUCUGGUCCAUACACCCCAGCAGUGGCCUCUGAAGGAGGUAUCAGGGGCAGUACAUCUACUUCAAACCAGACCAACAGCACUCCUACUAGCAGACCUUGGCAAACCACCAUUAGUCCCUCUGCCCAAACAGCAGCCAAUAAAACAGGUGGUGGCAAUGUAAGCAAUAAUAAAAAUGCUAACAAUUCCUCAAGUAUAGGAGGCCAGGAGCCUGGUAAUAAGACUAGUUCCAGUUUUCCAAACUCCAUUCUCAAAAAUGGUUCUAGUCCUGUUAACGCAUCCAGCCCCUUAUCUACAAACAAGACAGCUACCGGAUUUUAUAAUAGCCCUCUCACAAACGCCAAUAGUUCUGGAAGAACCGACCAGUCUUCACCUGCUUAUGUUGGCACCAACCAAAUUAGGACAGUUCCAAGUGUCUUUAGUUCAUCCGGCAACUCACAACAGAGUAGUAGCCCAUCCACAAGUUAUUUACAGAAUGGAAAAGGAAAAAACGAUAAUUCUUCAACUCAGAGCAGCUGGUCGCAAAGAGAAAGCAGCAAAGAACCUGGACAAAGUGGGCAAACCAAACAAUAUGGCAACGCAAAUAAUCAGGUUAUAACAGUUUCUUCUCUGUCUGGAAGGUGGUCAUCAGCGGGCAAAGAGGAUGAAAACACAUCUGCAAAACCUUGGCUUUCCUCUACGUCAAAAAACAAGGAAGCCCGUGAAAAGUUCUUCCAAUCAAGCCCCGCUACUGAGCCAAAAGUAAACCAUUCUCACACUGGCAGAGAUUCCCCGAAAUUAUCUGUGUCCAAUGGGCCAGGCAGGUCUGCGGUAGUUAGUGGAACAACAAAUGCCACUGAGAGUCAUUCUGAAAAGGACAAAGCCAGAAACUUCCUCCUAAAAGCAAUUCCUGGAUCUACGUCUCCCAAACCUGCACGUUCAGCAGAAAGUCCCAGCAGCACAGUCACACCUAACCGGAUAUUGGAUUCUUCACAAAGUGGGUCAACAGUUUCCACACCCAAGACGGACCCUUUCAAACCUGUGCCAAAAGAAAGAAAAAGUAAAGUGCAAACAUCUGUUUCAAGUUCAGAGACACCAAAAACCACUCCAGCAUCCACCACCAGCAAGGGAGACACAAAACCAAGCUCUGUACCACCACAGCCAACACAACCUAGACAUCCGUGGCAGUCGGCGCAAUCUACCCAACCUACACGCCCUACACCGUCUGUGCUUCCAACACAUCCAGCACUGUCAAAAGAGUCUACACGACCCACACAGCCUGCGCCAUCUGUACAGACAACACAACCAACUCAACCUGUACAGACUAAAGAAACCACACGUCCCACUCAACCUGCACAGUCUUCCCAACCUGCGCAGCCUAAGGAAACUUUACGUCCUACCCAACCAGCGCAGCCUAAGGAAACUUUACGUCCUACCCAACCUGCACAGUCUACACAACCUGCAACUCCUAAGCAGUCUAUACAGUCUACACAACCUUCACAUCCUUCCCAACCUAUACAGUUUACAAAACAACCCGGUGUGGUGACUCCUGGCAGAGACAAUAAGCUGGCGGAACCAUCUCCAAAGACACAAAAUUCUGGCAACAAAGAUUCAAAGUCAGAAGCCCCAGGUGACUGGAGAUCGAUGCUCAAGCCUUUGGACAAAAAGCCAUCAACACAGGGACCUCUGCUUGAAGUUAAACCUGCUUCAAAAGAAAAGGAGACCACCAGCACACCAAAGAAACAGACAACCAUUACUACUGUAACAGUGACCGUCACUCCAAGCCCUGCUGAGAAAGAUUAUAAACCAGUUGCUCCUGUAACAACCCCUGCCACGCCAGUAUCGGGGGCCACAGACAAUCCAGCACCACCAAGAAAAAAACUUUUAGCAGCACAAAUAGACUUGAUUAAUGAUUGGCCCACACCUGAGCUUAAGUGGCAAGACAGCAUUAUGACCAAUGAAGAACAGGUACCCAGGUGGCGGACCCAUUGGACAACAAAUAACGAAACCUCCAACAAUACAGUGACACCAUCCAAUCCAAGUUCAGUGGAGAACAACAACCUGAUAUCACCAAACAAGCUCCGUCCAGAAUACAUCCCAGAAGAGGAGAUCCAGCGACAGCUGAACAUCAUCGAGCAGGAGCUGGACACCUUGGAGCCGCGAGGAGUAGACCUGGAGAAGCAGCUACGUAGCUGUGAUGGAGAUGAAUCGGAGGAUUCUCUUAUGGUUGACUGGUUUAAGCUCAUCCAUGAAAAACAACUUCUUCUGAGACAGGAGUCUGAGCUCAAUUACAUAUCUAGACAGCAGGCUCUGGAGGAAAAACAGCAGAAUGUGGAGACUGAGCUGCGUAAUCUAAUGGACAAGCCAGACCAUCUAAAAUCUCCAAGAGACAAAAAGAGAGAAAGUGAGCUUCUGGAUAAAUAUUUGCUGAUCGUGAAUGAUCGUAGUGAGAUUAUUGAAUGCCUGGAUGAAGAUCGAUUACGUGAAAAGGAAGAGGAUGAAAUGAUGGAAAAUAUGAUCAAAAAACAUUCAGAUACUCAACAGAAGCAAACCACUCCAGAGCCAAACCUAAAGAGAAGAUCCCGCUUCAGCUUUUCAGGCUGGUUAAGACCCAAGGAUAAAAAUAAAACCUAAAAGGGGAUUGUGUUGGACAUGAUUAGUGACGUGCAAUAAGUAGAAGACUUUUUAAUGGAAACACUGGAUCACAGUUGACACUACGACUAUCUUGAGCUGUCUCCUGCCUGAAAUGUCCAGGCUCUCCAGCCUCUAGCUCAUUGAGCCUUCACUGGACACUUACUAUGACAACUGUGAAUAUGCCAUGUGGAAGAACCUCUUAAAUUAUAGUGCACUGGGCCAAAUUAACCAAAAAGGCCUUAAAGCUUUGCUUACACAGGGUGCAGUAACACGUUCAAUUGUAAUCUGCCCCCUGCAGCAGCUUUUGCUUCCAUCUGAUCCCAUUCCAGGACCAGGGAGAAAGAAACCAGUGUAGGCUCCAACUCCAGUCCUAUUUAGAGCUUACACAGGGCUGAGGAUACCUUCCUCCAUGUGACCGCACUUGUGAGUGAGUUACAUGAUCUGCCAUACCUAGAAAUACCAAAGAGCGAAGGGAAGAUGUGAGCUGCUGCAGGGGCUGGCAUCAGCGUGAACCUUCAAUGUUUCUUAUAAAUACACAUUCAUUUGAACCUGUUGCUAUGCUGUUAAUUUUGCCACAUUUGGAAGUUUUGCGCCUGGUGGUGCGUUGAUUUGCCUUAACGGCUCACAAGAAUGUCCUUACUGCUGUCAGCUGUCUGAGAAUUGUGCUUUUGGUGUGUAUGAGUUUAUAUGCAGUGAUAUCUACCAAGCUUCCACAGAACUCUAAAACCUCAAAACAAAGUGACUGGGAAUUACUCAACUACUUCUCUGUGAAAGUUGCCAUUAAUUCUCCCUAAAGGGGAUCUA